ACAUGUGAUCCACGAGUAUCAACUCAACGAUGACUACACGUUCUCGUGCUUGCCUCCCAGCUCGAGGUAUGGCGCGCGCGCACGCGCCACUAUUGGACAUUUGUUCCGAGGGAAGUCACUGAUGAAGGCGUUUCUGGAUUUGUUCAACGAACUAGCAUCUCUCUGACCUCUCCACAGCAGCUAUAUCCGACUAUUGAGAUUUCCUCUCCUUAUUGGAGCACAUCAGAGUGGCAUUCACCUCACGGGACCCAGGCAGGAGCAUGAUGAAACCGAUGGCUCAGUGGUGCCAAACUCCCACCACCUGUGGUGUAGCUGCUAUACAGAACCCCUUACUGGGCAGGAGAGGACUCGGGCUCAAAAGAGCCAGCACCCAGGAAGAACAGGGUCCACCAGAGAAGAGCUGCAGCUGGAAUAAUAUGCAUUAUUUUAGAAUGACACUGCCACCAACCACUGUCAUUCAGCGACAGGAAAUGACAUCAUAUUUCAAAAUUUUUGAUGAUGACCUAAUCCAGGACUUUUUGUGGAUGGACUGUUGCUGUAAAAUGACGGAUAAGUAUCUUCUUGCCAUGGUUUUUGUCUACUUCAAAAGAUCCCGCUUCUCCAUUGCAGAAUACAGCAAGAACAACUUUUUCAUUGCCCUGUAUCUUGCAAACACCAUGGAGGAAGAAGAAGAGGAAAGUAAAUAUGAGAUUUUUCCAUGGGCGCUGGGUAAGAACUGGAAGAAGAAGUUUCCCCUUUUUCUCAAGCAGAGGGACAAACUUUGGGCUCGCAUUGAGUUCCGAGCGGCAGUCAGUAGACGCUGCUGUGAAGAGGUGAUGGCCAUCAUGCCCUCUCACUUUGUGUGGAAGCGAGAGCGCUCAGAGCACCACAGCGGCGCUCAGCGGCAUUAUGACCAAAGAGAGACAGCACGUCUUCCACGGGGGCCUGCAGCCUCUCCAGUGCCCUGUGCCCACUGCAACCACAAGAAAAGAUUUGAUCAUCUGAUCCACUCCUCUUGUACCCCCGUAAGCUCAUCUGUGCAAAGCUCCUGCCCUACACUCCCAGUAAGCUAUCAGCUGAAUUUGGAGAAAACUCCACCGAGGGCAACUGCCCCUUGCAGGGAGAGAAUCAACACCAAAAAUCAUUCUCAGCGUUCCUCCUGCAGCUGUACGGUAUCUGGCAAUGAAUUGUCCAGCUCCUCCUCCUAUGAGUCGUCCAUGAACUGGAUCAAUGAGGAUAACAACAUGUCAUCACAUCAGCAGUGUUCCCAACUUCCUUUUUCAAUCUCACACCCUGUGGGCACUCAAACCUCAAAGAACAUGCCUUAACCAACAACACCCCCAUAGUCGUUAGUGGGUAUAACAAUGAGCCAAUGGCAUGUUGAAACACCAGAGAAUAUAUUUGUAAAGGUGUAUUGAUCCCGCACACUGUUCUUGAUACUUAUAUAUUUAUAUUAUUUAUUGACUUAACAAAUAAACACUGCAUUUGGUGGAGGUUAAGUUAUGCCACGUAAGCACAAUUUGUGUCAUAGAACUGGAUGUUGGUGUUUUGGACUGUUGCCUGUGCUUAUUCUAUUUACUGCUUUCUCAUAAAUUGUCAAUAAAGACUAUCUUUCAUUCUGUACUUUGGAUAAU